UCCAGAAUUUGCUCCGCGGUGACCACCUGUCCAUAUCCGCUGUGGGCAACCUAUCAACUGAGCGAUGCGCGGAUACUACAUGUACAUACUGCUGCUCCUGAUAGCAGCACCUAUCCUCCUUACGAGCUUGACCGAGGCUGUAUCGCCGACGAUGGUCUCGAGACAGACGAAAUCGGCGAGGGUUGCAACCUUUGAUAAACAGCAGCAAGAAAAUGCAGUGUCGACGCGUAGAGAUGGCGAACGGUUUCUAAGAAGCGACAAAAUUGACGAUGAAGGCAACUUAGUCGAGAGCUACAACACCGACAAUGAAGAAAGAGGAUUCCAAAGUGCUGCAAAACUAGCCGCCGAAAAACUCGCGGCGCAGCUCGGUACAAAAUGGAAAGCAUUGACGAACAAGGACUUCCGCAACCUGCAGCUAUUUCUGAACGUAAAAACGAGUUUUGAGAAGCUCUACAAAAAGGGAGCAACGCCUUUCAAGCUUAUGACUGAGAUGAAUCACAACGGAAUUGCUAAGGUUGGCUCGAUUGAUGAACGGUGGGGUGACUACUUGAAGUUUUGGGUGAAGAAGAAUCAUGGAGAGAUUUAACGUACCGCUACUUAAAACGCAAAAUUAUAUCGCUAUUCUAGCUCUUUUUUGUUUACACAGCGGUAUUGUCUCCAACGAUCUGCGUUCUAUCGCUGACCAUCGUACAUUUGAUGGACCUGACGUUCGAGGGCCGUGUGAUUGCUUACUUCUGCCUACAUACUGUACAGGUUCUUACUAUCGUCCUGUGCUUGUAUUUGCUAUAAUUUACGUGUUCCAACAUGCUUAGCAAAAUAAAAUAAUAUGGUCUUGCUAUUUAACACUGGUGCUGCUUAGUAGUAUCAGUGUCAUGAGCGAGGGACAGUGUGGUCUCUCUUGGUACUACAGUGGAUGAUGAGAGUAUUGAACGCGUCCUGAUUCAUGAUUCACGAUUCUCCUUUAGACGCACGCGAUAUCGAGUUUCUGUUCUUAAGUUCAGGUAUGAGCAGUGAGUACUGGUAAAAGGUGAACACUUGAGCAACUCACCAGAAAGCCACGCACCAACAAGUUUAGUGAAUAUACCUGGAUAUGCAAUUACGUCCGAAAGCAACAAUACCUAGCUUACAAUUUAUUGGUUUAGUUUUUUUAGUGGCUUGGAACUAAUCAUUAUAAUUAAAAACUCGAAUAUAUUUUAUGAAUACUUUUU